AUGCACGCCGCAAGCUACGACGACGUUACCGAAUUUGUGGGAGAAUGGGGACAUUUUCAAAAACGGAUCAUGUUGCUCAUCUGUUUAAGCAUAGUUCCUAACGGGUUGACAUGUUUUUCCGUCGUAUUCCUUGCUGACACGCCUCCGCACCACUGCUUGAUACCCCCAAACGCCAAUAUUAGCGCCGAAUGGAGAAACUAUUCUAUUCCACUGGAAGAAGAUGAUGGGGAGAUGCGAUACAGCAAAUGCACCCGAUACAAACUGGACGUAAUAAAGUGUCUUUCAGACAACGGGUCCGUGCCUGGAAUCCACGUGAAUGUUCCUGAAAUAGAACAAGAAAGCUGUCAGGAUGGGUGGGAAUACGACAGAGACAUAUAUGUUUCCACUAUCGUGUCCGAGUGGGAUCUGGUGUGUACUGAUGCAUGGAAGGUCCCCAUUACCUCUUCUUUGUAUUUCUUUGGUGUGUUAACUGGAUGCUUCAUUUCUGGACAAUUGUCUGACAGGUUUGGGAGGAAAAUCAUUCUGUUUGCAACAAUGGCAGUUCAGACUUUGUUCGCAUUCUUCCAGACUUUCUCCACAUCCUGGCUAAUGUUCUCUGCACUUUUCUUUGUCGUUGGGAUGGGAGAAACUUCCAACUAUCUGAUAGCAUUUGUCUUAGGUACAGAAAUUUUGAGUCCAAGUACUCGGAUGGUAUUCUCCACUGUGGGGGUGUGCAUAUCUUUCUCCAUCGGCUACAUGAUGAUUCCGCUGAUGGCCUUCUUCAUCAGAGACUGGAGAAUGCUGCUAAUUGCCAUCAAUGUCCCAGGACUUUUCUGUUUCCUCCUUUGGAGGUUGAUCCCGGAGUCCCCUCGAUGGCUUCUCUCUCAGGGCCGGGUGGAGGAGGCAGAGGCCAUUUUGAGAGGUGCUGCCAAGAUGAAUGGAGUCACAGCCCCAGAGGUCAUCUUUCAGCCUCACCAGGUAGAAAACAAGAUGAAAAGCUGUAAACACUACAACAUCUGUGAUCUGGUGCAGUCCGUCAACAUCCGCUGGAUCACGAGCAUACUGAGCUUUGUGUGGGUGAUAGUCACCAUUGGGUACUUCGCCUUAUCAUUGAACACCUCCAAUCUGCACGGGGACCGCUUUUUAAACUUUUUUUUCUCUGCGGCUGUUGAAGUCCCAGCCUACAUUUUGUCCUGGCCCCUAUUUCGCUCUUGUCCAAGACGACUGUGUCUCUCUCCCAUGCUGGUCUUCGGUGGAGCGGUACUACUGGUCACACAGCUCACACCAAGAGAUUUGAGUUCAGUAUGUACUGCACUGGAAAUGAUGGGAAAAUUUGGGGUGACGCUGGCUUUCACUCUCGUGUAUGCCUACACACCAGAGCUGUACCCCACCGUCCUGAGGAACACAGCGAUGGGCGCCUGCUCCACGGCCGCUCGGCUGGGCAGCAUUGCCGCGCCCUACUUCGUCUAUCUGGGAACCUAUUACAAGUCCUUGCCAUACAUAUUAAUGGGGAGCCUCAGUGUUUUGGGGGGGUUGGUUAGCCUCCUGCUUCCUGAGACCUAUGGUAUGCCUCUCCCAGAGACCAUCGAUCACAUGCAGACUAUUCAAAGAUUUGAGGUCGGUAUCUACUGCACGGGAGACGACGGGGAGAUUUUGGAUCACACUGGUUUUCACCAUCUCACUACCCUACAUGGUGGAGCUGUACCCCACAGUCCUGAGGACCAUCGCAAUGGCCGCCUGCUCCACACCACAACAAUACGCUUUAGCAUGACCCACCUUGUAGCCCAGAAGAAAUACAAGCUGGCUGGUGCUAGAACAGUGGUUCAUUGA